AUGCAUUCUCACGUACGACCGAAUACGCACAUCGCCUUGCGCCUGCCUUCGGGCAUCCUCAAGCUCGUGGAGACCACGCCCAAUACUAACAUCAAUCUCGGAAAGUUUGGGACUUUCAAUUCAAAUCAGAUCAUCGGUCGCCCGUAUCGCCUCACAUACGAGUUCCUCGAACAAGAAGACCCGAAAGCGCAACCAAAGCUCCGAGUCGUACCUGCCUCAGAACUCCACGCGGAAGCUUUGGGAAGCGACCAUGUAACGCCAGCUGAGAGUAGGGAAGAUGAUGCGCCCGCGGAGGGCGGCGUCGCAUACGACAUCGUGGGCGAAGACGGUGAGGUCAUCAUGCGCAACAAUCGCUUGACCGUCGACGAUCCUUCACGGCAGACGUUGUCCAUGGACGAAAUCGAAGAGCUGAAGAAGGCGGGGUCGGGCUCUGGGAAGGAUAUCAUAGAGAAAAUCAUGGCGUCGCAUAUGGGCAUUGAAGAGAAGACGAAAUUUUCCCUUGCAAAAUACACGCUUCGGAAAUCGCGAAAGUAUCUCAAGAGGUUCACAGUACUCUCGCUCGAUAUUCCAUUACUUACCGAGUACGUGACCGAGAAAGAGGCGUACAGAAUUAUGGAGCUGCGCGAUGACUCUUUGGGAUUGAUUUGCAGCUGGGCAAAUGUUCACAGUGGAGCGACGAGUCGUGUUAUGACAGCGGAGGACGGCACCAAUCAAGUCGGUGGAGGCAGAUGGCUGGUAGUAGAUGACACUGGUGGACUGGUGACCGCAGCACUUGCCGAACGGAUGGGAAUAUUGUAUCCACCUGCUGAAGAAGAGGAGUCAGAUUUCGAAGAUUUCGAAGAAGAAGAUGACAACCCGCAGCCUGAACAGAACGACAACAACACGCCAGCAACAACCGUAUCAGGAGCGGCCCCGACACCAGCGACAGAAGAUACCCCCAUGCCCAACGCCACAACAGACGUAACAGCAACUGCACCAGACGGAACAUCAACAGAUCCGCUUCGCAUACCCCGAAAACCCCGCCAACACAUUCCCCAAUCCUCCGCCUCCACAAACACCCUCACCGUCCUCCACCCCAACAAUCAACCCAACCUCUCCCACCUCAAAUACUUCGGCUUCGAUGCGGGUGACCCCACUCCCUCGCACCCCCUCUACACACACCUCAAAUCCCUCUCCUGGCUGCAACUCCUCUCCCCCGCCGACGACCCAACCUACCUUGAGCCCGAAGUGAUACCCGAGGAGACGCUCGCGACGCUCAAGAGCUCGAAACGGGGGAAUUAUUAUCGAAAAAGAAGAAGGUGGGAGCGCACGAAAAGGGUUGUGGACGAGACGCGGGCGGGCGGGUUUGACGGACUGGUGGUGGCGAGUAGUAUGGAGCCCGUAAGUGUGUUGAAGGGGUGCGUGCCGCUUGUCAAGGGCGGAGGGCAGGUUGUGGUGUAUAGUCCGAAUGCAGAGCCAUUGGUGCAGUUGUGCGAUUACUACAGCAAAGAACGACGGACAGCGUACAUCGCAAGUCAAUUCGGACAGCAGGCGCAUGAGAAUGGGAAGAGGAGGAAGCAGAUUAAGCUGGAAGAAGAGGAGAAAGAUGGGAUGGAGGGGGAGGAUGAAGAAGACAGUUUCCCUGUUAAUCCGACAUUGCUGCUGGCUCCUUCAUUGCAGACUGCGAGAGCGAGACAGUGGCAGGUGCUGCCUGGAAGGACGCACGCUUUUAUGACAAGUAGAGGUGGGGCAGAUGGGUUCUUGUUUACUGCGACAAGGGUGCUUCCGAUUGAGGGGAAGGUGGAGGCUAGGGGACUGAGAGGCGGCAAGAAGAGGAAGACUGGGGCGGAAACCUCUACACCCGCAUGA